AUGCCGUCUCGAACUUCGUCUCCCACACGCAUUCCGCUUAGAAAACAUCCGAUAUGGCCCUUGAUCUCGAUCCUCGUUCUUAUUCAUCUAUCAACGGCUUUAUAUACGCUUCCUCUUAAUCGCGUUAUUGAACGACGGCUUUGCCAAGAACAUUAUGCGCGCCUCGAUCCCCAUUCCUUUCCUCCCGGUGGCAUCAUACCAGAAAAGGUAUGCAAAAUCGAUGCUGUUCAACGCCAAUUGGCUUGGCUGCAAGGUAUCAUGGAGACAACGCUAGUCAUUUGUGAUUUCGUUGUUACAAUCCCAUUUAGCUUUAUCGCAGAAAGAUGGGGUGUCAGAGUUGUGCUUUGGUGUAAUUUGGUCCCGAGGGUGUUCAUGAGUGCUUGGGCAAUUGCUAUUGGACGUUAUGCUCAUAUCUUUCCCACGAAGGCUAUACUCGCAGGACCGAUGUUGGCUGUCUUGGGCGGCGAAUGCGUUCUCCAAUCGACGAUUUUCACCCUAACUUCCAUGUUGACAACAGAGUAUGUCCAGCGUGCAUCCUACUUCUCGUAUAUUAGCUCUACGUCAUACGUCGUAUCCUUUCUGGGUCCUACAAUCGCAGCUUUCACGAUGAGCUGGAGCUUGUGGCUUCCGUUCUGGUUGAAUAUCGUGCUCCUGAUCUGUGUCAUCCCAAUAAUCAGGCUACUGCCAGAUACCAGAAAGACCACAGUCACUACACUAUCAUCAGCCGAUGUCAAUAGUGGUGCCGGAGAUGAGGUCGGGUCGUUGCUUGAGGAAAGAGCUCUCAGCCCUCAACGGUACUCAAGUAUGCUCCAAGCGAAUCUGGGUAUCUACCAGAGUACCAAAAUGGCGAUAAGCAGGCUUGUAGAUCUGGUAACAGGCCGUCGCAAUUUCCAAGUCCUUCUGUGCUCGUUCUUCCUCACCGCGCUUGCGAGCUCAGACACAAAGCUUCUUGUGCAGUACAUCUCGAAGAGAUAUGAAUGGACAUUUGCAGAGGCUGGCUAUAUGCUCUCUACAAAGGCUCUUGUCAACUUCGUACUACUCGCCCUCAUAGUUCCGCGCGUCAUUCGCGCUUCGAUGUCGUCAAAAGCAGUCCGCGGCUCAGAAACCCGCCUCAACUACCUCGGGGCUGAAAUCAGCAUACUAGUCUCAGUCCUCGGCGUGCUAUGCGUGGCAAUGGCAUCCAAGUUUUGGGUGUUGCUCACUGCACUCAUCAUAUACGCCCUAGGCUCAGCUCUUCCGGUCUUCACAAUGUCAUUGGUCAAGUCACCACUUAUAGCGCUGGCCAACUCCGAUGUUCAAGACUUCAGUAUCGUUAUGUUGACUAAGACGCUCGGAUCUCUUGUCGGGGCUCCGCUGAUGACUGUUCUGUGGGUUCAUGCAAUCAAAGUCGGAGGUAUGGGCUUAGGUUUGCCCUACUUCGUGUCUGCUUGUAUAUACAUGGCUGCGGCCUUUGUUGUGACACGCUUGCAGAUUUAA